AUGUCGGACCAAGAUUAUUACUGGCUUCAAAGCUUCCUGCAGCCGGGUGUCUACCAGCAUCCUCUGAGAUACGAUGAUCCUCCGAUGCCAUCGCUCCAGGGAUUUCCUGGGCCCAAUGACAACCAGCCUCUACCGUCUGGGACAUCUUCUCAGUUCCAUAAUCCUCAGAUGCCAUCCUCCCAAAGAAUGUCCACCGCCGAAAACACCCCACCUCUACCAUCUCGAUCUUUUCAGUCCUACGCAUCUCCGUAUGGCUCACAACCUCAGACUCGACCUCAAUCCCAGUCUCAAUAUCAGCCUCCACCGACGGCCCAAUCCUCACUUCACUCUCAGCCUCCGGCCCAAUUUCAGCCGCAUUCUCGACCCCCGCCUCAGUCUUCAGUACAACCUCAGAGAUAUGUGACACCAAGCAAUAUCAUGUGCCCAACUCAUGCCGUCUCAGCUGGUCCGUCACGUUUAUUCGCGAUUUCUCGGCCACCAUACACAACACCAGGCCAGGCCCAUAAUCCCAGUAAUCUCGACUCCAACAAUCCGAAGCCUAGGCCUCCUCCGAGUCAAGCUCCGAGUCAGACCCCGAGUCAGGCCCCUAGUCAGGCUCCGAGCCAUGAUACCCACGAUGCCAAGAGACGCCGCAUUACCGAUUCAAGUUUGAAUUUCUCUACCGCUAGAAUGUACAAACCGCCUACCAGUCAAGGCUCAAUUCCCGGGGGUACGCCGGGUGUUGGAAAGUUUGCCUCAUUCAACUACUCUCCGAAGGAUCCUACGAGCAACGUGGGCAUCAAAAACCGAUCGGAUAUCGCAGAACCCAUGAAUCCGGCCGAUGCUGCGCAGAAAGAGACGUACGAUCCCUCGACAAUUGCAAGAGAUGUGUUGAUCGCGGUGGGACGUCACCCAACCGAGAACUGCUUAAACCACCAUUUGCUUCGCCUGCGCGACGUUUUCCCCCUCCUUGGUAUCUCGUCGGAUUUGGAGACCUUUCGUUGGGACUUGGUAGAUCAAUCGGCACAGCGCGCGACUACUGCACGUGACCCCGUCCAAAUCCACGCGCCCGCGCCCGCGCCCGCGCCCGUGCCCACACCAGCGCCUGCACCAGGUUUCGGCGUCCUGGCUCCGCCUGCCGCUCCGCCAGUAGUAGUACCUGUCAACAAACCCACCGCCCAGCAACUGCCACUACCACCACCCAAGCCCAGACAAGUGCUUGGGACACCUGCCCAGCAGCAACCCCAGCACCUUGCACAAAAUUAUCGGAUUUCUCUUCAGGUCCAAAUUAAGCCUACCCCACCCCCACCACAACCGCCUUCACGGACACCGCAGCCGACCGUACAGCCUCCUCCGCCAAAGUCUCAGACCACGCCCAAAUCGCAACAAAAGACUCCGUCGCAGUCGCCGGCAAAACCAGUCACGCCAACCGUGCAAAUACCAUCGGUGAAAAUGCCUGGGAAGAGGCCCCCCGGCAGACCACCCGGUCGGCCCCCUGGAAGUACUAACAAGGUCCAGAAGGUCCAGCUGGCUGUCCCUCCCCCAAAGGUCAAUUACCCGGUUUUUGCGUGCGGUUGGGAGAAAUGCCAGUCUGAGGUGCACAACCUUGAAGUUCUGAAAAAACACAUCUAUAAAAGUCAUGUUACGUACAGCAUUUCUUGUUCGUGGAAGGACUGCGACGAGACACAGAACAUGCCGGCUGCCGCGCUCUACAAGCACAUUAAGAAAAAGCACAUUGACCCCAUUGCUUGGAAAUUGGGCGAUGGGCCGUCAGUACCUAGAACGGGUGAGAAAGCAUCUAGAUGA